AUGUCCGGGAUCCUCGGGGAAGCUUUCACUCCUUGCCCAUCGAGGUCGAGAUCCUCGUAUGGUGGCAGUGAGACAUUUGACAGCGUCAUCGGUAGUAACUUGGCCUUCGAAGCUACGGAACAAGUUGAAUUCACCGCCGAGAUUCGUGGCCCAAUAUUGACUGGGGCUCGUUCCCGACGGGCUAAUCGUACCGGCCCAGCUUUCCAAAUACAUGGCGAUGUGACGAAUAGGCCAGUCGGUCCGGCAGAGAAACGCAAAAGACCGAAUACUUUGGCAAAGUCGCCCUCGGGACGCAAAUCAUCGUUGCUUGCUCAGCCAGCCCAACGUUUUCGCCCGAAUAUCAACGUCGCCUCAAGCCCGCCCUCCCGUCCAGAUAAGAAAGACAUCGAAGUUCAACCUAAGACGCAACAGCAUGAAACGGAGACCGACUAUAAGACCGUCGCUCAGUCCAACGACAUCCAUCAUACCAACAACAAAAAUGAGCACAAAGAUGCAUUAAAGAGAGAUGUACGACGAAAUACUGUCUACAUCCCCCCGGAUGACACCACCGUGGCUAGCGUUUUCAUGGGGCUCUUCAGUCCGCUUAAAAAGCAGCAAAACACAACGCUUUCAAGGACGCCGGAAGACACCCAGGUCAGCACUUUAGAGGCCAAGAUUGCAAAGCGCCAAGCUCGAAAAUCGAUGGCGGUAUCUGCUCGCAGAGCUCCUCUACAGCCGAGCGCGAAAAUUGCACAGGAGGCUGCCAUACGAGUAGAUAUUGCUGGCAAGAAUGGUGGAAAAGAAAACAUUCCACCCGGUCUACUUGCCGACAUUGAGAAAAAGCACACUCCCCAAUCAAAGUUUCCACCAAAACCAAAACGGGCUAGCAUUGUCUCUAACUCGAAUUCUACUCGACAUAAUAUCGACCAGCGGGCGAGAACAGCCAAAGCGAUCCAGCCUUCCACAAAAGCGCCGAGGCAGAAUGCACCUGCCCGCGGUAUUCUGAGAGAGAGGCAGAACAAUUCCCCGGUGUCCCGGUCACCCUCUGCUCGAGAAAAGGCUAGCAGGGCUAGCUCGAAGGAAACAAUGAAGAGCUCGCUGUCUCUUAAUGCUCACGCCUCUACCACCUCUAGCCACUCCAGAUCACUCCAAUCUUCUAAAGUUGGAAGUCUUUCCUCAAAACUCAAGAACCUCAACCGCGAGUAUCCAAUGUUGAUCGAGAAUACCGCGAAACCUGCUCUGUACGAGGACAAUUGGCUACACCACCAGGAGACUGUCAUCACGCAACUCGUCAACUCUUUGCUAGAAUGUACUAACGGUGAUUCAACUUCGUGUGGACCUGAUACUCUUCGAUUGGAGAUGCUUGAAAUAUACCAUACCGAAUUUUUCGCCCAGCUUCACAAAAGACUGCAGGCGUCAUUAUCAUGUGGAACUUUGAGUAUUCCGAAGGAGCUUGUCACCCGGUACGGUCGCCUUCAACAGGAUGUCGGUCUUCGCCGACAGUUUCUCGACAUAUGGGUUCAAUCAUACGACCUCCGUUCCUUAGUGGCUGCUGCGGAGACGGUUGUCGGUCGAAAGGUUUCUAACAGACCUACUUUUCUUGAACGUGACUCUGACGGGCCCGAUGAAAAGACUUUGAAAGGGCGUAAAGUCAUCAUUCGCAAGCUCGAAGGAUUUCUUGAUUCGUUUCUACUUCGCAACGAUGACAUGGAUCACAUGGUGCCUGGCUCUAGGGAUAUCCCAAUGGAGACUCGGGCGAGAGCUUAUCGUCGAACCGUGCUCCGCAGCAUCAUCCUUGUUGUUAUUUUAGACCAUGCAAAACAAACUCGCGGCACAAGUCUUCCUCGGCAGCUCUUUGCGCCCAAUUCUCCCUAUAAAUCUUCGACUGAAGUGAUUCAGGCUUUAGCCCGUGUGUUACUACCUUCUUGCGGUGACAUUGCUAAGCCUUUGAGCCAUCUUGGCUGCCAAUUGACAUACAAGCAACACAAGUUGGAAGAGUACAACUAUCAGAUGAACAACAUUGCUGUGGAUCUCAGGGAUGGCGUUCGGCUGACACGAAUUGUUGAAGUGCUUUUCUUUACUUCGGAACAUGUACGAUCUAAUGUCGAAGAUCUAGCCGAGGUCACGUUGCAUACAGGAGAAGCCUUGUCACUACUUGGCGAUGAGACUGACUUGCCUCUAUCAAAGCAUCUCAAAUACCCGUGCGCCAGCAGAGCCGCAAAAGUUUACAAUGUGCAAAUGGCACUUUCUGCCUUGAGCUCUAUAAAAGGUUCUGACUCGUUCUUGCACGAUAUUCGGGCUGAAGACAUCGUGGACGGCUAUCGUGAGAAAACAAUUGCUCUCUUGUGGGCGCUCGUUAGCAAGUGGGGCCUGGCCGGUCUGGUCGACUGGGAAGAUACCACCAAGGAGAUUGUAAGACUCAAACGGAAAGCUGUUUCUCUAUUCGGAUACGAUAGAUGCCAUAACGAAAUUUGGUUCACCGGCGACGAACUCGAUGGUGAUGAACAUGCUCAGAUGCUUCAACAGUGGGCUUCAAUCCUGGCAAUGUUGAAAGGGUUAUCCAUUACCAAUAUGACGACGGGCUUCGCCAACGGGAAGGUUUACGAAAGCAUUGUCGAUGAAUACGAGCCAUACAUCACCGGAAGUACUGGUCGCAGAACGACAGCUACCCUACGCUCUCUCUCACUAGAGUCGCGUCUGAAACUAUUAGGAUGUAGCUCUCAAUUCGCACAACUUGUCUCUCCUCAGAGACUAUCUUCUCAUAUUCUCGACCGUAGCUUGACUCUUGGUGCUCUUGCAUUUCUAUGUUCUCGAUUACUCUCCGCCUCAAAGCAUACACGGGCGGCCACUGUCCUACAGCGCGCAUGGCGAGCUCACUUGGGCCGGCGAGAUACCCAGCGCCGCGCUAAAGCACAUUAUCUUGCUGCCAACUGCGCGGCUGUUGUUAAAACCAAGAGUGAGGUUCUCUGGGCAACGGAGGUUAUCACUCGUUGGUGGCGAGACAUCAGGACUCGUCAAAAACGUAAGGACACUACAGGCCAUCAACGACGACGCAAACUUGUUCCUCAGAGCGGCAAAUCACCUAGGCUCCAACUCUGA